AUGGCUGUAGGGAAUCGAAACCAACAUGGUCCUCCUGACAACGACUGUAAUGAGAUAUUCUUCGAGUUAGAAGAUUUUGAGUUUAAAUUGGUCUUACAUGUCUCAUAUGGAAGUUUGCCACAUAUUAGGCUACUUUUCUUUGACGGUUUGGCUCAACUUCUCAUUGGAAAGAAGGCUGAUGAAUUGGUUGCAAAGAUAGCUGAGGAUGAUCCUUCAACUAUUCCCAUUGCUAUUUCUUCGUUUAUUGGAAAAACUAUGUUGUUUAAGGUUUCGAUCACAAAUGACAAUUUGAAGAGUUCAAAAUCGGCAUAUGUUGUUGAAAAGUUUUGGGAAAAGGAAGAUAUGGUCGUUCAGUUUGUAAAGGAGAGCUAUGCAAAUGCCGAUGUCAACCCUCGAAUUCUAGAAAUAACAGAUGGAAAUGACGAGAGUUCUUCAGCUGAAUCGGCUUCAUCUCCGUCAAAGAAGAGAACUUCCCGAAAGAGUGGCGACUCCGCGAAUAGUCAUAAUAUGAUUACAAGGAAAUCGAUCAAAACUGAGAAACUAGCUUAA